AAUCACUUUUGUCUGUCGUUAGACGUAAAUUCUCUUUCCACUCAAACAGGGCGCAUUAUUUCUCUUUAAUGUUAAGAGAAGGAAAAUACUCGGAGGAUGACAUCACUUUAUGGAUCAUUAAUAUAUCUUGUUUAUUUUUUAGAUUUUCCAGUUCUCCCCUUAAGUAUACCGAAAGGUCGUAUGUAUAUUUAAAAUUUAUAUGUCUAAUAAUAUAAAAGUUUGUCAGAUUUCUUUUAAGUAACAAAUUAAUAAUAAAAAUUAAAGUUUUAUUAUACAAUGUUUGAUAUUUACGUUUUUUCUUGUAAGAUGUACUUUGGAGGAGUCCAACGUUUCCCCCGAAGAAUUAAGGGUGAAAUCUGAAAGUUUCGAAGAAAGAAGUGAACAUUUACUACUGAGAAAAUGGAUUUAAAAAUCGGAAAAACUUUCUUUGUGAUAAAUUGAUCGAGAAAAAUGUUUUUGUAAAUAAAACUUGAACAAUUUUUGUCGGGACCGAAAGAAACAAAGAAAUUGUUAUAAACGAUUGUUUUCUGCAUUUUACGAUAGAUUUGAAAUUGGAUUUAUUUUAGAUUAAAUAUAGAUUUAUUUUUAAGAUAUAGCCAAUAAGUCGAAUAUGUUUUUCUGCAUUUAUUUUAUGCACGAAAAUCCAAAGAAAUUUCUCUGUGAAGAUUGUGGAAAAGCAUUUCGUUUCAAGUCCGAAUUAGAACGUCAUCGCAGGAUUCACACGGGAGAAAAGCCAUUUUCUUGUCAGUUCUGCGCUCGAAGAUUCGGUCAUAAGUUGAAUUUACGACGGCACGUUAUGAUUCAUUCUGGAGAGAAACCUUUUACCUGCGACCAUUGCAAACGGAGCUUUACACGACGCCAUCAUCUAGUAAAUCAUCUUCGCAUUCAUACAGGAGAAAAGCCAUUUGCUUGUGAUCACUGCAAACGGAAAUUUUCAAGGAAAGAUCAUUUAAUAAGUCAUCUUCGCAUUCACACAGGGCAAAAGACUUGAAACUUAAGCCGAAUUUUCAAGACAAUUUAUUACAGGAAACACCUUUCGAAUAAAUAUUCCUAUAGCCCAUUUUCGAAUUUUAAAUUUUUUAGAAUUGUUCAAAUAUUCAUUUUAUUCAACGUUUUUUCAAAACGUGUACUUUUAUUUAAAUACUUGUUAUAUGUAAUUUAUGUAGUU